AUGACAACAAAGAGGAUGCAUACUCUUUUUAAGGAGGUCCUACCUGAAGCGAUUAAAUUGCACAGGGAUCGCCUUAAUGUGAAACGGGUGGAGAAUAACCUGAUACUAUGGAAAGAAAAUUAUAAUGACACGACUGAGAGAUUUGUAAAGUAUUGCCAGCAGUUUAAAAUGCCCGAAAAUCAUUUUAAGGAUGGUAUUCCCAAUGCUGAUUUUAUGCUUUAUGUGGAUCUCCAUCAAAAGCCUACCAAAAUUGAUGAGUGCACUAAAGAGCAGAAUUAUGGAGGCCGACCAACAUCUGCCCUCAUCACUUUUCUCCCAAAGGAGAUCGCCGCCACAAGGCAGUAUAUUCGCUUGGCUGCGCGCGAUAUUGCGAUUGGGCUUGGAUUUGAGAUCUUGUACAUAGGUGGGCAGAAUAUGCCUUAUCCUCUUCUCGAUGUAAACGGCGUAAAGAAGUAUGUAAGGGUGCUGACCGGCAAAGAUUUGAAGGAAAAGAUGAAUGAGCAUUACAACUGUAAAGAUUACGGGGGAAUGAUUGUGCAUUAUAACGCCACAAGUUUUUCCUCCCUGUGGGAGAGGCGUAUCGCAAAGGAUGAAUUGAUGAGUCAUUACACUGGUGAACCCACUGGAAUGUUCUAUACUAAUCUGACACUUGCAGUGUUUCAUUCCAUGACCUUCUACAGAGCAAAUUUCAGCAUGGCAGAACCGAUGAGUUGGGGGAAACAAUCUGAAUGUGGACUCUUUAAAAGUACGUGCGGAGACGUCGAAAAACACUUGGGGAAGUUCCCUAACACCUUGUGCAAGGAAAGUGAAGGUGAGUCCACAUUACAGUGCACUUCUGAUCGCUUUGGUCUUGGUGUCUGCUCCAAGGACAACAACACGCGUGGUAUGCCUGCUGAGUACAAGUUCUUUGAAACUGUUGGUGAACAGAGUGAAAUGAUAAAAGAGUGUCCCAUCAUUAAGCCGUUUCAACAGACCAUGUGCGAGAAAGGUAAUGAGACACUGAUGCCUGGAAGUAUUGUGGACAAGAUGUCACGGUGUCUGAAUGUGGAGGAACUGCAGUUCAACGAUGGAAAUAAUGUAACUGGUCUGAAGGUUCAAGGCAUUUGUGCAAAAGUGAAGUGUGAGGAUGACAAGCAGACGGUGAGUGUACAGCUCAAAGGUCAGGAAAGCAAAGAAACAUGGCAUGUGUGCGAAAAUGAUGGCACUACUAAUCUGGAUGGUUCAGUGUUUAAGAAAGGAACUAUUAUUCGUUGUCCCAAAUACGAAGAAGUGUGUACCGGGCUACCGGAAACCGAACCAUUUAAUAUUUCAUAUACAGAAGUUAAUGUGUCUGAGGAUGUGGUGGAAGAGCCCAAACAGGAGGAGAAAGAGAAGGAAACCAAAGAUCAGAACAACUCGAGCACUAAUUCGGAAGUAAGCGGUGACGUGGCAAAUACUGAGAGUGGAACGUCCACCAAUACACAAGGGGAAAGUGCUCCAGCAGCCCCUGAAGACGCAAUACAGUCCCCAAACACUGUUUUGAACGGGACGAACUUAACUGAGAGCCAAAUGGAAGAAGAAUCCAAAAAUGCAAAUGGAACGGAUGUAUUGGGUACUGACAGCAGCACCGUCGCCUCCUACAUGGCCCCUCUUGCACUUCUUGUGUGUGUGUUGUUGGUUUUGUGA